AUGGCUAUCCUCGGCGAGUGUGAGGUACAAAUCAUCGUUGACGGAACUCCAGCAAAGGAGUACGACGACAACGAAGAGGAGGUGACAGAUAAUGACAAGACUGUCACAAAAUACGUCGAGGCAGCUGCUGGCUCUCACUUCGCCGUCAAGUCCGAUCUUCAGGCCAGCUACAAUUUCACCCAAGGUGAAGACUCGGUAACUACGUAUGUCGAGGUUGACGGCCACCAUGUUACCAGUGGAUUGUUGCUGCGGGGCAGGUUCUUGAAUCAGCGUGCUCGGGGCUACACCCCUUCGAUACUCAUUGCUGGCCAUAUUGCGUCGGAGAACGGUGCGGCAACACUGUAUCAAUUCCAGUUCUCAGAUCUUGAGACGAGGGACUUAGAGAAAGCCGACGACCUUGACAAAUACAAAGAGAAGUACGGCCAGCUGGGCACGAUUGUUGUUAGGGUUUGGCGUGAGCAGACACUGGGACGCCGUGACUUGGAUGCGCACAAAGCCCGUGAUACGGAAAGUAUACCGGAAAAGGCAUUGAAAGGAAGACCACUUGACGUUGCGACCCGGAUGGUCCGCUCUAGACAGAACGUCGAUGAUUACAUGAGCUUCCAGACGCGGGCACUGGACAAGCAGGCCCUAGCGACGUUCGUCUUCAAGUACCGCACAAAACGAGCACUUCAAUCCUUACUGAUCAUUGAAAGAUCGCCUACUCCUGUACCCGUUGACGAACGACCCCUCGACGAGCUCUCGAGAGAAGAGCUCCAAGACCUAGUAAGAAGACAGCGAGAGGAACAAGCGAUCAAGAAACAAGAAAACGGCGGUAUCAAGCGCGAGCACAGUGAGACUGUGACCGUCGACUCUAGGCCGCUCAAGUCAAGCAAAGGAGUCCACGGCCAGACAAUCUAUCACAUCGAUUCUGACGACGAGGAAAGGACACCCACGAGAGACGAGGUUGAGGUUGUGGAAAACGACGUAACAGAGACUAAUGAGGACAUUGAGGUCGUCCAGCUCUGA